UUUGUAUUACAGAAAAAGAGAAGGAUCGCUGCAAAGAUCUCACAAACAUAAAGAGAGACGCUUUGAGAAAGAUUGAUGAAUGGUGAAGAGGAGAGAGAGAAGACGAUAUCGGAGCAUGAGAAGAAAGAUAAAGUCGAGAGCGUGUCACAGAGGGAAAGUUGUUUUAUGCUGCUUGAGCUGCAAAGAUUCGGCUUAUACGUGGAUGUUUAAGAAACCAGGGCACAGAAUGGAAACAGUACACAGCAAACAAAAAAAUUAACAAAAGUCUUGGAAAUCCAAAUAAAUUAGAGACAUACAGCUCAGAUCUGAUCUGAGGAUAAAGGCAAAGGAUAUCAUUCAAGGAAGAACCAAGGUGACAAAUACAACUUGCAAACAACUGGCAGGUGAAAGAUGUGGCCGAUUGUGGGCGUGGUUUGUCUCUCUCAGUGCAUCAUUGGUCAACUGCUGGAGGCUCGGUCCAGAGGAUCUCCACCUCAAUUUAUCUGUAGCAUUCCAGGGUUACCAGGAGCAGCGGGAAAACCAGGUCCCCCAGGUCCCAGAGGAGAAGAUGGCCAUGUUGGAAUCCCAGGAAGAGAUGGAAGGGAUGGACGGAAAGGGGAAAAGGGAGAUAAAGGAGAUCCAGGAAUCAAAGGUAGAGUUGGGCCAACUGGGAAGCUUGGGCAACGUGGAGAGAGAGGUAUUACUGGGAAACGUGGUCCUGAGGGUGAUCCUGGAGAUUUGGGGCCUCUUGGUCCUCUCGGACGUCCUGGAGAGAAAGGUGACAAGGGUCAACGUGGCCCUCCAGGAACACCGGGUGUCUGCAAAUGUGGAAGUUUGGUUCCCAAAUCCGCCUUCUCCGUAGGCAUCACCAAUAGCUAUCCCACUGAAAAAACACCCAUCAAGUUCAACAAGGUUCUCUUUAAUGAAGGUGGACACUACAACCCAGAAACGGGAAAAUUCAUAUGCGCUUAUCCAGGAAUCUACUACUUUUCUUAUGACAUCACUCUUGCCAACAAGCACUUGGCCAUCGGGCUGGUCCAAAAUGGAGAGUACAGAAUCAAGACUUUUGAUGCCAACACCGGCAACCAUGAUGUGGCGUCUGGCUCUACAGUGAUAUUUUUAAACCCAGAGGAUGAGGUUUGGCUGGAAAUCUUCUACAGGGACCAGAAUGGCCUGUUUGCCGACCCCAGUUGGACUGACAGCCUUUUCUCUGGGUUUUUGAUUUAUCCUGAUACAAACUAUAUGGAUACAUUGGCGGAAGACUACAAAUAAAAGGAAUUACGUCAUCAGUAAAAAAAGACCCUGUAUGUUUUAUUAUCUUCAACAAGGCCAAAUUUGACGUCUUAAAUCAGGUGCAUACCGCAUGUCUUCAGGGAUUGUAAAAUAUUUAUUUUUGCAUAGCAAAAUUUGCUGACUCACCGAUGAAAUGUUCGUUUGCAGUCCUACAAUGUGACUGCCUCAAUGAAAAAAUGUCUAUUGAAGAAGCAAGAGGAGCAUAGCAAUUAAUGACAGUGUCUUUGUACAAGAGAGACAUUCAAGGUUGUCUACUGUAUACGAUAUGCAACGUAAAUAGCACAUUCAUUACCAUUUGCCAUAAAAGGGUUUAUGCACAUUUAUGGCUUUUAAUUUAUUACAUAUCCAUAUUAGUGUAAUGUAGAGUGGUAGCAACAUGAUUGCAAGAUCCAAAUACAUGUGUAUAUGUAAAUAAAUAAUAAAGAAAUAAAUCCUAGCAGGCAAUGAAUAGAAACAGGUUGAAACAUGGGACAAAGAAAAAACACCACAGACAACAUUAAACAAAGAAAACACUGGAAUUGGAAGAGACAUGUAACAAGACACAGGUUACCACAACUGUGGUGACAGGGCAACAUGGACAAAACUAUCCAUGUGUCUCAAUCAGCUCCCUAGGUCAGGUAUACGGUAUAUUGUGACUUAUUUGCAAAAAAUGUGACUAUAUGUAAAUAUCACCCCCCGUAACCGUGGUUUUUGUAGUAAAACCAUGGUUUUACAAGUGGUAUCGAAUAUGCCUCUCCACAAAAAAAAAAAACAUGGUUACUACUAUAGUUACAAAGUCUGCAGUUUCCCAAAGAAUUAAGCUUCUUUGGUAACACUUUAUUUCAAUAGUCCACUUUAGACAUUUUACUAAUUAUAAGUAACUUUGCAACUAUAUAUCAACUACCAAUUUUUAGAGAAUUAGUAGACUGUCUGCUUAAUAUCUACUUACACUUUAUUGUGAUGAUAUCUCAACAGACAUUCAACUGAUUAUAAGUAUCUUUUCAGGUGCAUGUCAACCUAUUCCACUAACCCAAACCUCUUCCCUAACCCCAACCCUUACAGUCUACUAAUACUCUAAUGACAGUUUAGUUGACAUAUAGUGGCAAAUUAUUGAAAGGUAGUUGGCAUGUAGUUGCAAAGUUAUUUAUAGUUAGUAAAAUGUCUAAAGUGGACUAUCAAAAUAAAGUGUAACCGCUACUUUUUGCCAUGGGUUGAGUUUUGUCUGCGCGUUUAAGGUGAAAGGAUUUUGUUCAUCUGCUGUCUUUCUUGGCUUAAUGAUUUUAUUUUUGAAAUCAGACUCUGUUUAUAAUUACAUAGAGUGAUUUUUAUGAAUAAACUGUCUGUAAUAUAUAUAAGUGAAUGUAAAAUAUGUAUUUUGGGAAAGGAAGUGGCAUAUUCUGAGUCUUGGAGUUUGGCCUAAGGUUAUUUUGGGCUAGUUUUGAUUGACCAUUGGGCUUGUUUUAUUUUGCCGACCAUUACAACCCUGGUUACUACUACACUUACUAUAAUAAAGCCAUGGUACAUUUUUGUAAGAA